UCGUUGUCGACAUCGUCAUCGUCGUUGUUACUGUUAUCGUUGUUGUUAGUAUCGUUGCCAGUAUUAUCGUUAUCAUCGUUCCCAUUAUCGUCGUUGCAGCCAAGGCCCCGCGUGGCCUACUAAGAUGACCGCGCGUCUUCAUUCGUUGAGGCAUCAAGAGAAGAAAUCGGCCGGCAACAGUCACAGACAACAUCAUCACCACCACCACCAACAAUCUCAACACCAACAGAACGUGCAUCAGGGACCGAGUCCGGCAGCCAGCCCUAGUCCUAGCCUAAGCCCGAGCCCUAAACACUCGGACGGUCGUCGAGCAAACAAACCACUAAUGGAAAAGCGACGGCGAGCGAGAAUCAAUCAGUCGUUGGCGGCGCUGAAGGCGCUCAUCCUUGACAGCGCCCGGCUGGAGAACACGAAGCACAGUAAACUUGAGAAAGCGGACAUUUUGGAGUUGACGGUUCGGCAUCUGCAGAGGCAGAGAUCACUCGCCCAGCCUGGCCUGUCGAGAUACAAGGCUGGAUACCAGGACUGUUCCAGAGAGGUGAGCCGGUACCUCGAUGCUCCGGACAUAAUCACCGGAAACACGACACCGAUGGACCCCGCGGUGAAACAGAGGUUACUACGACACUUGGACAGUUGCGUGUCCGAGUUAGACUUGGAUCUGGGUUCGAGGCCGGACAGCGGAUUAGGCAGCAGUCCCGGAAGCGUGACGGAUCGAGUGACGGGCGCGGGCAGUCCCGGUCCGUUGGAGCAUGGUCAUGUGCCAUCGACCGCGCAUUGCAGCAGCACGGCUCUGAAUCCGGUCGGUGGUGGCGGCGUCGGCUUGAUAAAGGCCGAAAUCCCGGAUAUCGAACCAGCCAGACCGGACAGUAGCACUACCGCUGGCGAUGAAAACAACAAUAACAGCAACAGCAGUAGCAACGGCAACAGCCGACCAACCUCUGCCUUCGGCCAGGUUAACGGCAAUAACCUUGAUACACAUCACCAGACAGUCCCGGUAUCGAUCCCUGUCCCUGGUCCAGGCCCAGUUCCCGUCCCUGCCCCUCCGUCCGGUGCCGGUAUAUCAUCGGUAAUCGAUCAGGCUUCGAGCUCCCAGCAAAAUCCGAACAUGCUGUCGGUCGUGCAAGUGAUACCCUCCAGGCUACCGGACGGACAGGUAGUUUUCCUUCUCCCUAGUCAUUACGUUCAACUGGCAGCCGCGGCGGCCGCGAACGGUAUCAGUAUCGGGCCGAAUCCGCCGACGGCCAUAUGGGCCGCUACCAAUAUGUCUUUGCUAAAAGCGACGGAUAAGCUCGCGAAACGGCCACACGAGGAGAUACAGGAAUGGCAGGAAAUGUCCGGCUCGAAGCCGAGCAAGAGUCCGCGACUCGAGCAACCGGAUCAACCGCUCGAUUUCACCACCACCUCGAAAAAGCUGAGAACUAGCACGAGAACUUUGCCAUCUACCGCGAGUAACCUCGAGCAUCACGUUCAACAGCAGCAGCAGCAGCAGCAACAACAACAGCACCACCUCACAGCCCGUUUAUUACCGACCGAGGGAGGAUCAGUGGUGGUCUCGCACUCGGAAGACAGACCGUCCAGUCGUAUGAGCGGCGAAUUCGUCACGGGGAUUCGUUCCCCGUCACCUCUUCCGCAGCAGCAGCAACAGCAGCCUGUGAAGGACGAGGAAGGCAUGUGGAGACCUUGGUAA